GUUUUUAUCGAGCAGCUCCGAAUACCGCACGGCAAGAGAGGCAUGAAAACUGAUAAGGAUAAGCGGGAUACAUCGCUGCUGGAUAUACGGAAGAAGACGGGGGACGCUCUGUGUUAUGCUGGGCUCUAGUCAGAAUGUGUGAGCGUCAGACCUACGUAAAGCUCAGUGAAGAGAAACUCAUACCAAAGUCUGACAUCUUGUCACUGCUGAGGACGUACAACUGUUACCACGAAGGGAAAAACUUCCAGCUGAGGACUCGUGAGGAGGAUGGAGAGCUCAUCCUCGAGGGGCUGUUGAACAUCUACUGGGGUCUCCGCCGACCAAUAAGACUUCAGAUGUACGAUGACAAUGAAAGAUUCCGUCUCAACAGAAACGAUAGAUCAGCAACGGCAAAGCAGUUACCAGCAGAGUCUAACAAUAACUCACUGGGAAGCGAAACUGGACCAGCAGGUGGUGACACGUGUGGUCAGGAGGAAGAGGACUCCCCUCAGCUGCUGAGGACCAGGAGCGAUGCCUCUUUCAUGCGGGUUCAGAGGAGGUCAAACACACACACCGCCAGAGACCUGCAGCGGUUGCGCGCACACAGGUUCUCCAUCAACGGCCACUUCUACAACCACAAGACAUCUGUAUUCACUCCAGGAUAUGGUUCGGUCACUAACGUACGAGUAAACAGCUCUAUGACGACUGGACAAGUCCUCAACCUGCUGCUACACAAAUUUAGGGUGGAGAAUAAAUCUGAGGAGUUUGUUCUUUACAUGGUGCAUGAGUCUGGCGAAAGAACCCGGCUGAGGGACGGAGAAUACCCGCUGGUGACCCGUGUGCUUUACGGACCCUGUGAGAAAAUCUCCAAGAUCUUCAUCACUGAGGCCGACCUGGGAGAGGAAGUCACAUAUGAUGUAGCCCAGUACAUAAAGUUUGAAAUCCCCGUUUUAGACAGCUUUGUAGAGAAACUCAAAGAAGAAGAGGAGCGUGAAAUAAACAAACUGACCAAAAAGUACAGCGCUCUCAAGUCUAUGAUUCUACAUCAGCUCGAAGACAGAGCUCACACCAGCGACAGAGUAUGAGUGUGUGUGUGUGUGUGUGUGCACGUGCGUGCAUGCGUGUGUGUGUGAAAGGAGAAAGAAAGAGGAAAGGGUGGAUGCAACACUAAUGAGUGUUGAUUUACUAUGGAAGAUUUCCAAAUAUCGUAGUGAAUGUAGCGUUAAAGGUGAAAGGGUCCUUCUACUUGCAAUGUGCUUCUACUUUUAGACCUAUAUAUAUAUAUAUAUCUCACAGCUUUGUAAAACCUGUUUUGUCAAUACUUUUUUACCAUGAACUGUGUUUUGAUAUCUGCUAUUAAUAUAUUCACAUUUUGUAUGAAAAUUCUUACUGCACAUACGGAUAUUUAUACAAAAUGUUUUUGGUAAUGUUUUUCUCAGACUCGGACCUUUUUAUGUAAUAAAUCAUCUUUAGUGUUGCCCUGAUAA